AUGGGCAAGAUGCGCGCGCUCUUCUCCCGCAGCCGCAGCGGCGGCCGCGCCAGCCGCUCCUCCUCCACCAAGUCGUCGUCGAUGCCGCCGUCGCCCGCGCGCUCGCCCUCUGUGCGGGAGGACGAGAUGGAGCGCGUGUUCCGCAAGUUCGACGCCAACGGCGACGGCCGGAUCUCGCGGGCCGAACUGGCGGCGCUGUUCGAGAGCGUGGGCCACGCAGUCACGGACGACGAGGUGACCCGCAUGAUGGAGGAGGCCGACGCCGACGGCGACGGCUACAUCAGCCUCGCGGAGUUCGCCGCCAUCAACGCCGCGCCCGACGCCGCCGUCGAGGAGGACCUCCGGCACGCCUUCCGCGUCUUCGACGCCGACGGCAACGGCGUCAUCUCCCCCGCCGAGCUCGCGCGCGUGCUGCGCGGCCUCGGCGAGGCCGCCACCGUCGCGCAGUGCCGCCGCAUGAUCGAGGGCGUCGACCGCAACGGCGACGGCCUCGUCUCCUUCGACGAGUUCAAGCUCAUGAUGGCCAACGGCAAAGGAUUCGGCCUCGCCCAGGCCAACGUCCGCGCCUGAAAGACGUACGCGCAGUGCACCUCCCGGUUGUUCCUUCAUUCUUUUGCGAGACCGUGUAAAUACGCCCGACGACGACCCACCGCGAAAUACGUACUUACUACGUACUCCUACUCUAUUAGCUAGUCGCAGAUCACACGAACAUUAUCGGUGUGCCAUUAUUUUGCUGUACAUAUAUAAUGUAUCGGAACUGUCGGAUCGGCACUGAAGAAUAAUCCUCCAUGUCGAUUUUUAUGUCA